AUGGCACUCGCUCUGCUCAAUGCUCUUUGCUUUCUGAGCAGCGCACAAGUCGCCUUCUCCCAAUUUGUUUCACCGCCGUCCAACCUCACGACCAAAGUCGGGAACGCUAACAUAACCGUUCGCUACAAGGAAGUGCCUCCCGGCAUCUGCGAACAAGAUCCGGAUGUCAAGAGCUACGCGGGCUACGCCGAUGUGGCCCCUGGCGAGCAUAUCUUCUGGUGGUUCUUUGAGUCACGAAAUAUCGAGCCCGAAGAUGCUCCUCUCACCAUUUGGAUCAACGGUGGCCCCGGUUCUUCGAGUAUGAUCGGCCUGUUCCAAGAGUUGGGUCCUUGCACCAUCAGUCCUGAUGGUGAGCCAUUGGACAAUCCCUACUCGUGGAGCAACGUCACCAACAUCAUCUUUAUUGACCAGCCUACUCAGGUUGGUUUCAGCUAUUCUGAGGCCGUCCCUGCUUAUACAGACCCCAAUUCGGGAUACCUGGUCCAACUACCGAAUGAUACCUGCCCAGAAUUCGCCUUGGAUUGGGACUGUGGGACCUUUUCGUAUUGGAACCAGUCUUUGACUGCCAACAGCACUCCCGCUGCAGCGCCAAACAUGUGGAAGGCAUUGCAAGGCUUUAUCGGUGCAUUCCCUCAAUAUGCAAGAGAAGGUGUAUAUUUCACCACUGAGAGUUACGGUGGGCACUGGGCGCCGCUCAUCAGCGAAUACUUCCUCGAGCAAAAUGCAAAGAAUAUCACUGGAGCACCGCCGAUUAAUCUCGAAGGGGUGCUGAUAGGAAACGGCUGGUAUGAUCCUCUGAUUCAAUAUGAAGCAUUCUACAACUUCAGCGUAUUUCCGGGAAACACGUAUGACUAUGACCCGCUAAACCAGACUGUCAAAGAUCAGUGGUAUCUCAACCUGUAUGGAAAAGGUAAUUGUUAUGACCAAACACUUGACUGCAACACUCGGAAAAUCAACUCCAUCUGCGCGACGGCCGACGAUUUCUGCUAUGAGCAGGUCGAAAAGAUAUAUGAUAUCUACUUGGAGCGAGACGAGUACGAUUUUCGCUAUCUUACGCCGAACCCAUUCCCUCCCAUCUAUUACGUCGACUACCUCAAUACGCCCGAGGUGCAAGAAGCCAUUGGAGCCUAUGUCAACUUUACCGAGGGCAACGAUGCUGUGUGGGCAGCCUUUGUGUCUACGGGGGACGACGAUCGAGAACUUGGACUGACGGAGUCGACGAAAAAGCUGCUGGAAUCGAACGUCUCAGUGACCAUGUACUACGGGGAUGCGGAUUAUAUCUGCAACUGGAUAGGCGGAGAAGUUGUAGCAGACCGCGUGCAAGCCAAAGGCUAUGACAAUGCUGGAUUCGUCAACAUCACCUCGUCCGACGGCGUCGUGCACGGCCAAGUCAAGCAGAGCGGUCUCUUCUCCUUUGUCCGCAUUUACGAGUCUGGCCAUCUGGUGCCCUUCUUUCAACCGCUCGUCUCCUUGGAAAUGCUCGACCGUGCUAUCAAUGGCCUUGACAUUGCCACUGGCACCGUCGACAUCGGCCUCACUCCAGGAUACUUGACUAAUGGAACCAAAUUCAGUACCUAUCGCGAGGGCAAUGCUACCGUCCAGUUCGAGGUGACGCCCGAGGACGCGAUCUACAACAUCACCACCAAUAUGCCGCAGAAUGCAACCGACGACACUGAAGGGAGCAAGAGCAAAAGGAAGAACAGAAGAGACAACUUCGGGAGAUCAUCAAACAUGAGCAGGAGGGAGCCGUAUCGCUCCGGCGCAAAACUGAAGAGAGCUCUGCGGAAUCGACAGGUGGACUUGAGACGGUGGUUGUAA